AUGGCACACCCCAUGCAAGCAGUCCAGGAACUCGCAGGCGCUGUCGGCGCAGACCCAAGACCAGUGCAACGUGCGACGCUAUUUCAAGGCCUCAAUGACGGUCCAGCAACUUUGGCCGCGAGGAUCACAGGCGUGACUUCAGGCGGCCCGAGGGAAGACAACGCUCCAUAUCACACUAACAACGAUGGCAUUCCGUGGCCGACGCCUACUCAUAGCAAGACCAUUGGUGGGAUUCCCGUUGCGAGUGAUAUCUUCUUGUUUCAGAAGCAGCAGGCUUUCAAUCGACAUAAGUUGCUAGAGAGGAUCGUUCAUCCUUGUGGAAGUGGCGCUUUCGGAUACUUUGAGACAACGAAGGAUAUGUCUCAUUUGACUAAAGCGCAAUUCCUCAAUGGCGUCGGGACUAGGACCCCUAUCUUCAUUCGCUACUCGACUGUGACUCUGGGUCGAGAAUUUCCAGACUUAGCUAGGAACCCACGAGGCUUUGCUGUCAAGUUUUAUACUGGAGAAGGCAAUUACGACCUAGUUGGGUUAAAUUGGCCCGUUUUCUUCAGUCGCGAUCCCAUGCAAGGGCCCGAUGUGAUUCGCAGCCAAGGAAGGAGAUCUGAUAAUUUCCUCCUUGAUUAUAAUGCUACCUUUGAUCUUUUAGCGCACACUCCUGAGGCAAACCACGCUGGAAUGAUGUUUUUUAGCGAUCAUGGUACGCCCGAUGGUUGGCACUCGAACCAUGGUUAUGGCUGCCACACGUUCAAAUGGGUCAACAAAGACGGCAAAUUUGUCUACAUUAAAUACCACUUCCGGGCCGAUCGCGGACAAAAAAUGCUCACCCGUCAGCAAGCUAUUGAAUUGUCUGGCGUCAAUCCUGAUUAUUCCAAGCAGACAUUAUGGGAAGCUAUUGAUCGUGGUGAUCCAAUCUCGUACACGGCGUGUGUACAAAUCAUGGAACCGGCAGAGGCCGACCCUGUGGAGUUAGGGUUUGAUCCCUUCGAUGUCACUAAGGUGUGGCCGAGAGAAAAAUAUCCGAUUCAAGAGUUUGGAAAGCCUCAUGUGACAAAGAAUCCAGAGAACUACCACCGAGACGUCGAACAGGCUGCUUUCUCACCUGGUGCGAUGGUGCCGGGUAUUGAAGAUAGUCCGGACAGUCUUCUACAGUUCCGCAUGUUCUUCUACCGUGACGCACAGUAUCAUCGUCUUGGGUCUACAAAUUAUCAUCAGAUUCCAGUGAAUUGCCCAUUCAUGGCCUCUUCGAUGUCCAGUCUCAACUUCGACGGCAACAUGCGAGCAGACUCGAACCAUUCAAAGAAUCCAGACUACGCACCGAACUCCUACACCCCUCUAAGUAAAUUUCGUCCGGAUACCGCUAAUGCACCUUAUGAGGUUUCGGACGCGAUCAUGUCGCGUAAAUCGCACUUCUACCACGAAGGCAAGCUCUCAGAUUACGAUCAACCCCGCGCCCUCUACGAAAAAGUCAUGACCAACACUCAACGCGAUCACUUACACAGCAAUACCGCAGUGAUGCUAGCACAUGUGAGCGAUCCACGAAUUCAGAUUUUGUAUCUAGGCCAGCAAUAUUGUAUCAAGCCGAGCUAUGCGAAGGCGAUUUUCGACUUGUUGCCUGAGAAGAAGUUUGACUUUAAUGAGGUUGAGAAGGCCAGUAAAGGCGCUGAGAAGAGGACUAAGACGCCCGCGUUCCUACAUACUGAUGAACGUGAGAGGUUAGUCGGCAUGCCGGUGGAUGGAGGAUAUAAUUUGUGA